AUGAGCGCCGCGCGGAUCUUCCGCGCCGCCGGGAGAUCGAUCGAACGCGCCGCGCGCGCGGCCACCGCGUCGUCCUCGUCCUCCCUCGCGCGCGGCGUGUCCUCCUCCUCCUCCGCGGACGCGGACGAAGACGCGCCGACGACGUCGUUCGGAUUCAGAGACGUGCGCGUGGAGGAGAAGCAAGGCCUCGUCCGCGACGUCUUCGAGAAGGUGGCGCCGAGCUACGACCUCAUGAACGACUUCAUGUCCGCGGGCGUGCACCGCCUGUGGAAGGACUACCUCGUCGAUAAGGUGGGCGUGUUCCCCGGGAUGACGCACCUGGACGUCGCGGGAGGCACGGGCGACGUCGCUUUCAGGGUGCUGAGGGAGCUUCGACGCGCGGAGGAGAAGGCGCGGCGCGGAGGCGGCGGCGGCGGCGGCGGCGGCGGACGCGCGCGGGACUUCGACCCGGGACGCGUCAUCGUGUCGGACAUCAACCCCGCGAUGCUCGCGGAGGGUCGGAAGCGCGCGCGGGGGCGGGGGCUCAUGGGUUUGAAUGCGGUCGACGCGAAGGGGGACGCGCUGCUCGCGAAGUUGGAGUUCGUGGAGGGGAACGCGGAGUCGCUGCCGUUCGAAGACGCGAGCGUCGACGUCUACACCAUCGCGUUCGGGCUGAGGAACGUCACGAACGCGAAGGCGGCGCUGAGAGACGCGCUCAGGCUGUUGAAACCCGGGGGGCGGUUCAUGUGCCUGGAGUUCUCGCACGUGACCCAGGAGCCGCUGCGAUCGAUGUACGACUUGUACUCGUUCAACGUGAUCCCGGCGCUCGGCGAGCUCGUCGCGAAGGACGAGGCGUCGUAUCGAUAUCUCGUCGAGUCCAUUCGGAAGUUUCCGAAGCAGCGCGAGCUCGAGGACAUGAUGCGCGACGUCGGGUUUAAGUCCGUGUCGCACGAUAACCUCACAGGCGGGGUCGUCGCGAUUCACGAGGGGUUCAAGCUGUGA